UUCAGAUGAGCUCACUCAGCCGACGCGCACACCGUUGGAUUCUACCAAUCUGAGAAGGCGCAAGGACGGCGAGCAGCAGCCUGGUGGUCAGUGAUGAGUGGAUACUUUUGUGCAAAGGCUGCGGACUUUGUGCUGCACAAAGUAAGAGAAUAGAGAAAGGAUCGCCCCCGUGUUGGAGAGAUACAGUGGAUUUAAGCUUGUCUGGAUGGAUGUGAAUAUACUCUUGUAUCGCAGACUGGACUUCGGGCUGAGCGACUGAUGAGAAGAAGCCGACUUUAAACACUCUGCUGUUCAUUUUUGUUUAUUUUCUUCCCCCCUUGUUAUAAAAUGCCAGGAUUCGGUCCUUCAUAUUCUGUCCAGUUGAAGGCAGGGUGCUCAUUUGGAAGGGCGCCAGACCUCCAGCCUCUCAAAUCUGCAAGUUCAGUCCAAUAAAUUGUGACAUUGUCUGUCAGCCUUGGAAUAAGAAAUCGAUACUCAAGAAAAAGGGACGCGAUAUUCUUCCGGAAUUUUAACGAUCUAUUUCUACGCUAUCCUUAUAAAUAUGCGAUUGGGUUGGUGUGUUCCAGCUUCACGCUUUGUUUUUGCUAGAGCAGCGCUGAUAGUGACUGAUUAUUGCUGUUGAUUUUGUUCCAUGCAAGACCCGGGGUGGAAACAUGUCUGGCCACUUCUUUGAGAGGAUCACUGCUAUCAGAGAUGGCAUUUUGGUCCAGCACUUCGGUUUUCACCUCUAAAGUGCCCCGGAAAAUCUUAUUCAUGUUCACCCUCUCCCUCUCUGUCACCUACUUGUUCUAUAGCUUGAUGAGCUGCUACAACUCGCUGCAGUUCCCUCUGCAAGAGAACUACGCGUAUCAAGGGAGGCUGGUGACGGAGGAGACAACUUUUGUGACAUUGAGGGAGAAACUUUACUCCGCUUCCCAGGGCAUCACCGAAUUCACCGAGGCGGAGAGACCCACCGCGGUUUCCACCGUGAAGGAUCAUGCUGAGACCGAACAAAGGACAGUGGAGUGGAUUAGGACUCAGGCGUCUCCAACUAAAUCGGCGGCGGCGUAUCACACCAGCGCGCUGGAUAAAGAGCACCAGGAUUUCAGUACCACGGACAGCGAACUCAGGGUGAACUGCACCAUGGAUUACGGAGAGAAGAAACUUCCCCAAGCCAUCAUCAUCGGGGUGAAGAAAGGGGGGACCAGAGCCCUGCUCGAGGCUCUCAGGGUGCACCCGGACGUCAGAGCCGUUGGAAAUGAGCCACAUUUCUUUGACAGGAACUACGAGAAGGGGCUGGACUGGUACCGAGACCUGAUGCCUCAAACGCUGGAAGGGCAGAUCACCAUGGAGAAAACGCCCAGCUACUUUGUGACUAACCAUGCCCCGAAGCGCAUCCACUCCAUGGCACGGGACAUCAAGCUUAUUAUAGUGGUGCGUAAUCCUGUCACUAGAGCCAUUUCAGACUACACACAGACUUUAUCCAAGAAGCCCGAGAUCCCCACCUUUGAGGUUCUGGCUUUUAAGAACCGGACGCUGGGUCUUAUAGACGCCUCAUGGAGUGCGUUGCGUAUUGGAAUAUACGCGCUCCACUUGGAGAGCUGGAUGCAGUAUUUCCCUCUCUCCCAAAUGCACUUUGUCAGCGGCGAGAGGCUCAUUGUGGAUCCCGCGGGCGAGAUGGCCAAAGUGCAGGACUUCUUGGGGCUCAAACGGAUCGUCACAGACAAACACUUUUACUUCAAUAAAACGAAAGGAUUUCCGUGUCUGAAGAAGCCGGAGGACAGCAGCACUCCCAGAUGCCUCGGCAAGUCUAAAGGGAGAACUCACCCGAAAAUCGACCCAGACGUGAUUCGGAGGCUUCACAAGUUCUACAAACCCUUUAACAUGAUGUUCUACCAAAUGACCGGCCAGAACUUUGAAUGGGAGCUGGAGGAGGACAGUGAAUCUCGUAGCUCUCAGGACUAGCGGACUGCGGCAUUGGCACGGCGCAGCCACACCACCAGCCUUCUUCAAUAAAACUACUAUUGUCUCGCUUCGUCUUCAGAGAGAGUGCUCGAGCACGCCAAUCAAUCAUGGCCGUCUUUGCAGUGUCUGUAUCCAUUAGCAAGAGUUUACCGACAUGCUUUUUCUCUCCCUUCAAUACUAAUGUUGUUGAUGAUGGCAAAUCAUUAUUGUAAAUACUGAACAUAAAAUAUAUUUAUAUUUGUGAAAAGGAGAUGAUUUAUUCCUUUUGUUUUUAAAGCAUAGAGCUGAUAUAAAAAAUCAUGUUGACUAUGGCAAUGCAUGCGAUAAGUUAAGUGUCCUUACCUCAUGAGCCCUAAGGCUAAACUCUGUCUGUUUCUUAUCCCCUUACUUUCCUGCAGUUGCCCUCACGCCCACUCACCAGCGUUACAAAAGGAUACUCUGUUUCAAUGGCUAAGGCCAUAACUUGCUCUGUUUUAUGUCUUCUCACAUUGUCCUGCUGCUUUAGAAGAGAGAGAAAAGAGAAGAAAUGAUAGAAAUGGAGUACAAUAAUCCUUUGACAUGUGCUCAUCUUUUCAGUUGUCCGUAUUCUGAGUGGAGACAAUCCUGCUUUUGUCAGUCUAAGUUUACCAAAGUGUUAAUUUACUCAGUGUUCUGGUUGCUCUGCACAUAUUCAAUGAGAGAGCUGCUACCAUCAUUCAAUAAUUGGAUUGUUUCACUGCAUAGUUGAACAUUAGCAUACUGAUGGCCAUGCACUCCGACGUGGUGCAGUAUCGGUGAUUUUGGCAUAAUUUGACCAAUAAAUCCAUGUACUACAAAUGUCAAGGGUUGGCUGUGGAUCAAAGUAUUCUGCAUCUUGACAAAAACAAUUCUCCAGUCGCCAAAAACACACCCAAAAUAUCAAUCAGUACUCGGCUGUUUGCCUUGCGAGUCUCCUGUUGUCGCAGUAACACAUGUCAAAGGGGACUGAGCGGAAGUUUGUUAACAAACAUCUGCUGCGACGCGCUCUUCUGUCGUUAGAGAUUAAUGGCGUGUUAAAUAAACCGCUGCCGCUGGAACAAAGUCAAUGUCAGAGAAUUUGCUUGUCAAGGAAAGGCUACAUACAUGCCCAGGUAAAUUACCAAGCCAUUACUGUAUGUACUUAACUUGAAUGAGAUGAUGUGUGGCAGGGAAAUGUGCUGUCAUCAGAGGUUGACUUGUGAACAGCAGGACUAAUUGAGCAGAUGCUUGUGUCGAAAAUAACAGGGUUUUGCUGUGAAAUACUCUUUUACUCAUGCAAUGAAAUAACACUGACCCAUCAUAUUUCUUCAUUCUUUUUUUUAAAUUUGCAUAUCUUGCAGUGUGUCUGUCUGUUGUCUCUGGACUUUUCAUCAAUCGAGACAAUCAAUACAGCCAAUGAGUCAAUAAAUAUAGUCUGCUACACAUCACUGGUUGCUCCAGCUAUGAUGCAUUGCUCUGUUAAUCCUCCCUGUUCUCUGGCCAUGGAUGGCUGGAUUGGUUCACUCUCCGCAGACCUCUCUGUCACCCUGGGGAGGCCGGCACCAGUAGCUACUUACACAGAGCAAUUGAUUCAAUCAAAGUAAGCACUAUACUGCCCUUUGUAGCGCCAAGCUUGAACACUUACCUCAGACUCUCACUAUCCCAGAGUCACAACUUCCACUUUGAGGCUUUUCUUUUGCAGCCAUCCUUUGGUGUUUUCUGAAAAUCUCUGUCUUUCUGCACUUUUACCUCCUCUCUCUUUCUCGCUCCACACGAUCCAUCCUCUGAGCUGCUAUGGCAUGGCGGGAAGCCAUUUCCCCAAACAGUGCAGCAUUCUGACAUAAUCGGUACUGAAACAAGCUAAUCGUAUCAUUGAAAAACCCACUAUUUAAGUGCUUGUCCACAAAACACGUAUCUGGAGUGCCUACUAGGAACACUGCAAAAUAAGAACAACCAAUCAGUUUUUUGCAGGCUAGAUUAGAAAAUGUGAUUCAACCAUUGACAACUUAAAAUAUGGAUUUAAGCUCCGUGACAUCACCCAUAGCUUUCUGAAGAGCAUCUGUGAAGCUCAAAGUGGGUUGCCAUCUUGGCAGUGACGGCACAGUCCGACUACAUGCUAAUCCCAAAAUGGGCUUAGAGGCGUAUCAUUGUUGGAGCUGAGGCGGUCCAUGCUGACGUAACUGAUCGGAAUGCUAGUGGCCAUGCCCUCAAUUGUGCGUAGUUAAGGCUCCGACAAUAACUUAAACAUAUACAACAGUGGUAAUGAACUUUGGCUAUAGAGACCAAGUAUUUCAGACAGAAGGUGAAUACAGGUAUAUUCCCGCAGACAGUUUGAUAAGAAUGUUUUUUUAUUUAAAGCUGGUAAUGUCAUUAUAGAAACACAAAACACGGUUUCCCCGAGCUUUAGAAAAUGUUUAAUCCACCUUUCAAACAAGACAGUACCUCCCACUCAGUGUAGAGAUUCUCAAAGAAAUCCACAGAAGACACCCUACAGUCUUAACAGGACAGAUGAGGAAUCCAUUUUCCCUUCUAUGAAUGUGCCCUCCUGCUGUCAUUUGUAUUUCCAGGAUCACACGCAUGAGGGAAUUCCUCUCCGAAGUUAAAACUUGGAUCCAACCGCUCAUUAACAGACACUCUCUCACUCUCUCACACCUCUUUCUUGCUUUAGGUACAGGAGAAGAACUGCGAUACAUCCUACGAGAGUUGCGACGCAUGAAAGGAAUGUUAAGCUGUCCUUCAUGUGUUCCUCCCAGUGGGGGUCACGCUGCGCUAUUCGGUUCAAAAACAUCAAGUAAAGAAGACUAGUUGGGCGAGCAUCGCUUGCUCAUUAAGCCGUCUCUGCUCAAGUGCCAUCAUCUCAAAACAAAACUACAAAUUCAUAUUUGUCAGUCAUUACUGACAAUUUGGCAAAGAGCUGCGGCAGUAAUUCAUGGCUUAAAAAGACAACCUCUAUGCACCUUUAAAAUGAUUUGCAGUUGCAGCGUGUGUGUUUAUUUUGGGAUGAAAGGCUGUAAUCUGUGUCUGAGAGAUGCUUUAAAGUGUUCACUUUCCUGUUUUAUGAUCUAUAAUUAUAUAGCACUGGAGGGAAUAAAGAGAGUACAAACAUAAGCUCAGUUUGAACCAACCCAGUGUGAAUAGUUUGGCUGUUAAACAUGAAUAUUUGCAGAAGCAGUUGCAACAGACUAGAAACUGCUGGUGCGCUUGGCAGGAACACAUAAGACUGGCAGGGACCAAGUGAAAGUGGACCGGUAUAGAUACUGAGCGUCUAAUGAGAGAAUGAGCUGCAGGUGAGGAGAUGGGCGGACCAGGUGAGGAGAGUGAGUGGAAUGCAUGGCCUGAGAAAGUGACAGGACCUGAAACACCAGCAGAGUUAGUGAAGAAGCUGAACGAGAUCGGAACGAACUUAGAGUCCCAAUGAAGUAAAAAUAAUUAAGUGUUAAGGUAACUGAUUUGGCAAAUAUAUGGUUAAAAACUUUCCGCUCUGAAUUAGCCUCUAAUAUCCCUCAUUUAAUACCCACCGUCAUCCAAAAUCCUAAAAGACAGUAGCAUGUUGUGCUGUAUAAGCAAAGGUUUGAAAUUCAGUUACAUCAACAACAAAAAAAGCCAAACAAUGCGACGUGUUUCUGUUCUUCAUUUACAUAUAGUCAAGGUUUUCCCACAGCUGUGAAUCAUUCCAAAACAAAUAACCACAAAAUGAAAUAAGCCGAAAACGAGGUGCAACUGUACACUCUCCCACCUCGCUCGUCUUUCUCCUCCGUAAUGAAGUCAUUCAUUUAUCCAUACCGCAAUUGUAUCUGCAUGGAAAUGUUCCCAAGGUGGCUCGCUCAUUUCAUUUAGCUGCUACCCAAGCACCAGCAUCUUAUUGAUCACCAAAUGAAAGAUUAAGCACAAUCCCUGCCUUGCUCUCUGCAGCCAUAUUUUUCUCUAUUUUUCACCAGAUUUGUGUCUCCAGGUGUAUGGAGGGGUGAAGGGUGGACAGAGAAUGAGGACAAUGCAUCCACUGGUUGCCAAGGACAAGCCUGUACAUUGGUGACUGAACAUAUUGAGAUUCACACCCCAAACAUCAUCAUCUAUCUCCUCUGUAUCUUCUGCAAGAUUCCUCAUUUCCCUACUGCUACAUAUCUAUUUCAGUGUUGCCCUGCUUUGCGGAGUAUACAUUAUACUACACCCAAUUUUGGAGCUGAAACUGGGAGUGAAGUUGCUGCAAUAACCGUUAUAAAGUCCAUAACAACAGGACUGAAAUUGUCUUCAAUCACACUCGGUUCCUUUAUCUGCAAAUCAACAGUUCCUGCCAUUUCAACGGACCAGAGUCGGAACCAGAAGUCAUUAUUUCAUCUGCUGCUGCUUCCUGAAUCAGGAACGUCAAAUCUGGAAUCAAAAGCUAUUCUCUCCUCAGUGCUGUUGGUGUUAUUCUCCAUCCCCACUGCCACGCCAUACACUCUUAUUACUACCUCGUCUCCACUACGACCUGCAUGAGGUCUGUUCAGCGGGGGACUGCCUACUGGUUGGAGUCCAGUGACCUCCCAGACUCUGUUAACAAAUUAGCAGAUCUGGGUUCCCCCUUAUACCGAUGAUACUCCCGACGUGACCUCAGAGAAAUACAGAAAUUACAUGUGUGUUCAAUUGCUUGCCGCCACUACUGAAACAAUAUAACGUUCUUCUUCUGUAGUUUCCACGGACCGCUCAGACACUGUAUGGUGACUGAUCGUUGCAACUGUUAAAAAUGAAGAGAAAGUGUUCAAAAUGACUAACGUUGAUUGUCUCGCUGAACCGACGUUGUCGGUGUUCGGGCCCUAAAUACCACGCACCUAAUCACCAAUUAAACACUAAUCACUGAAAGAUAAACCUGUUGAUAAUGUAGACCAAUAAAUGAGCCGUACAUAAUUAACGUAUGUUCAAUGAAAUCUGCAGAAAAUCGCAUUGACUCCUCGAAGUGUGCUAUGAUAAUGUGCAGUAAUCCAGUUGCAACUGAAUAUUAUUAACCCAGUAGAACCCACCAAUCCUCCUUGAUUAAUACUCAUAACAACAAGAACAACAACAUCUCUCUCUCUCUCUCACGCACAGAAAGAGAGAGAGAGAGAAGCUGAUUAUACUGCGUUGAGUUCACUUUAAGAACAUUCUCAUGCAUGGCAUGAUUCUCAGCACCAUGCGUCAAAUAGUACAGCUUGGUCAACGUUCCUAAGCUUCAAACUGUGUCGCUCUACCUGCACCUCUAGCAUCAGUUUUGCACGUAUCAGGGACGGCGGGUCAAAAUGCUGUUUGUUUCCCGCAUAGUGUCUUUUUGAAUUAAACUUCCGUCCUCACAGGAAGUUCGGUGUAGGCCACUUAGUCAGCUUUAGGAA